UCAAAAAAUUUCCCACUGCAUUUGAAGGUAACACGGACAACGGAUUGUCCUCGUCGAAUUCACCUCCUUCAUGGACACUUCCUGUCUCGCGAAAUGGACGAAGCAUCUACUCUCACCCCGUUGAUUUACAUCCCACAAGAGCCUGUGGAUAAGUCAGGGCCGUCAUGACAGCACCGGGACAGGAGAGAAAUACUACCCAGCAUCCUCCCAACACCGGACGGCCACAGACGGUACGGACUGUGAGUCGGUAUGUGGCUUUAGCCGCACUGUGCAUCCUAUGCUACAGCAACUCUAUCCAUGGGGAGUUGGUGCACGACGAUGUUUGGGCUAUCGUCAACAACCCGGACGUCCUACCGAGCUCCAGUGUCAAAAACAUCUUCCGUAAUGAUUUUUGGGGCAAGAGGAUGUCGGACAAUUCGAGCCACAAGUCCUACCGACCGCUUUGCAUUCUCACCUUUAAGUUGAACAUCCUGCUGGGCGGGAUGACGCCCCUGUACUUCCACAUGGUCAAUGUGUGUUUGCACUGCGCUGUAACCUGCCUGCUUAUGCACACAUGUGAACAAUGUGUAUUUAAAGAACCUCACCUGGCUUUCAUCACAUCCGUCCUGUUUGCUGUGCACCCGGUCCACACUGAGGCCGUGUCUGGAAUAGUGGGCCGGGCUGACAUCUUGGCCUGUCUGCUGUUCUUGCUGACUUUCCUUUCCUAUAAAAGGAGUGUUGGUGUGAGUGCCUGUGAGGACUCGGCACCCUCGACAGUCUCAGCAGGGUCUCUGCUCACCAGUUUACUGCUAGGCACUUGCGCCAUGCUGGUGAAGGAGACGGGUAUCACUGUAUUUGGCGUGUGCAUGUUCUAUGAUGCUCUAGUGCUCUGCGGCAAGCCUUUCUUCAGUCACCUGUCUGGAUCCAGAUUCAGACGUCUUUUCCAUAUAUGGACACCCUUUAUCAAACGAGCCUUUGUUGUCUCUAGUUAUGUAGUGGCUGUUAUAUCAGCUCGACUGUGGUUGAUGGGAGGUUCCAUGCCUCUUUUCUCUGAACAGGACAAUCCCGCUUCCUUUGCUCCCUACUUGCUCACCAGAUUUUUGACAUACUCUUACCUGUUGCACUUCAACACCUGGCUAUUGCUGGCCCCCAUCGUGCUGUGCUAUGACUGGCAAGUGGGUAGCAUUCCUCUCAUCCAAUCGCUGAGUGACAUUCGCAACGUGGCCUCUGUUCUACUGGCUGUGGUGAUGGUCGCCCUCUGCCUCAACUGUAUCCGAUCCCUGCAGAGACAAAAGAGCAAGGAGGUGUUGAUGGGAAUAUUGUUUUUGGUGUUUCCUUUCAUUCCUGCGAGUAACCUUUUCUUCAGGGUGGGAUUUGUUGUGGCUGAGAGGGUUCUUUACAUGCCCAGUAUGGGUUACUGUAUCCUGGUGGUUCAUGGUCUAAGUCGUUUAAGUUCACUGGUUGGCCGUUGGGGGACAGCCGUCCUUAGCGCCUCAAUGCUGCUCCUCCUCUUGCUCUUCUCCUGGAAGACUUUUCAGCAGAAUCAAGUCUGGCUCUCCAGGGAGGCCCUUUUCAGUUCUGGUAUCCGGACUUUGCCUCACAAUGCCAAAGUCCACUACAACUAUGCCAACUUCCUGAAGGACAACAGUCGGUACCAAGAAGCCACUUACCACUACACCAUGGCCCUCAGGUUGUAUCCCCGGCAUGCCAGUGCUAUGAACAAUCUUGGCACUCUGACACACAGCCCUGAGGAGGCAGAGCGCUACUACAGGAAAGCAUUGGACACCAACCCUCAGCAUAAUCGAGCACUCUUUAACCUGGGAAACCUUCUCAAGUCACAGGGGAAGGAGAAGGAGGCAGAGAUACUCCUGAAGGACUCAAUUAGCUUUGGUCCACAUUUUGCUGAUGCUUAUUCCAGUCUGGCGUCGCUCUAUGCUGACCAGAAGCGCUUUGCAGAAGCCAAUGAAACGUAUUUGAAAGGUAUAGAGAAUUGUCCAGACAGCUCAGACCUGCAUAAUAACUAUGGAGUGUUUCUGGUGGAUACUGGAAACGAGGAACUGGCAGCUGCUCAUUAUCACCAAGCCAUUAAUCUCAAACCAGUUCAUUAUGUUGCCAUGGUGAACCUGGGCCGCCUUCUCCGCUCCACCAGUAAGAACAAAGAGGCAGAGUUUUGGUAUAAGAGGGCACUUCAAGUGACCAGGAAGGUGGAGAUCCUGGUACCACUUGGAGCUCUGUACUACAACACCGGCAACUACGAUGAAGCCCUGCGGGUUUACAGGGAGGCUGUGAGCCUACAGCCAGAGAACACUGACAUUUGGCUGGCACUGGCUCAGGUUUUAGCCAUGGCUGGUCAUACCGAAGAGGCAGAGAAAAUGACCCGCAACAUCAUUUCUAGAGAUGACAGCUGCAUCGAAUGUUACCGCCUGCUGUCUUCCAUGUACAGCAAGCAUGGCAACCAUACAGAGGCUCUGGAAGCUUUGAACAGGGCUUUGCAGCAGAAUCCCAGUGAUCUCACCGUGAGAGCAGAGUUGCAUUUCUCCAAAGGAAAUCAGCUAAGAGAGAUGAACCAGCUGGACCUGGCUUUCGAGAGCUAUCAGUUGGCUGUGGAACUCAAACCUGAUCAGUCCCAAGCAUGGAUGAACAUGGGAGGAAUUCAACACAUCAAGGGAGACUACGCGGCAGCCAGGAUGUACUACCAGAGAGCAUUGAGUCUGAAUCCUGAUUCCAAACUGUUGAAAGAGAAUCUGGAGAAGUUGGACCGCCUCGAGAGGAGGAUGACAGGGGUGCCGUAGUCAAGUCACUCGGACGGCGCUCUUUUCCCGGAAACCUCACAGGGUUCACCGCCAGUUGACCUUCGGUAGCCUUGACAGCAGCUGGGAUGCUGAAUGAUCCUUUUAAUCUGACACUGGGUUGGUGAACUAAGUACUUUCUGGACUCAUGAGGAUUAGUUGAGCCACAGGAUGUCCAGGUUGAAGUGAGGAACUGUAACAGGGCAGUACAUACUGCAGUGUACGGUUCCAGUCGCAUGUUUACAUACGCAUCAUGGGAAUGAAUGUUCAUUCAUUGGGGGCCCUUGAUCAUUUAUUUGAUGGGUAGAAUGUUUAUACUGUGUACAUAUUCAAUUAUAUUUAAAAACAAAAAUGUAUUUUGAAUUUUCCCUAAUUUCUUCAAGUUAAAUAAAUAUAAAAUCUAGUAACACGGCCCUUAGCAGCUUCCACCUCAACACUAUUUGUAUGCAAGGGUUUUCUCCGGGUACUUCCUUCUUGGAACAAACGAACUGUCCCAAUGAAAAAAAAUCAUUCAUGUCCAUGAUUAGUGUGUGUCAACCUCGGACCGGACCUGUCCUUUGACGCCGCUUAUCAGCUGUACCAAAACAUGCUUACCUGCAUCUUUAGGUAUUCAUUAUUUGGGAUGUGUACACCACUGCAGCCUGGAGAUUUGAUCAGGGGAUAUUUCUCCGAAAUUGCUGCUGUUUUGGUAGAAUAUAAACCGUUUCAAGGAGGAACAAUGCAAAUGCUGUGGUGUGCAUAUUUUGAAAUUAUUCAGUUAUCAAUACCUGUCACCUAUCCAUCCUUAUUAGGGUCAAGGGGUUAUGCUAGAGCCUAUCCUAGUUGACUUCUGGCAAGAGGCGGGGUACACCCUGGACUGCUUACCAGCCAAUCACAGGGCACAUAUAGACAGCUAUUCCACCAAAUACCAAAUAGUCUUAGGUUAUGGGAUGAUUACUUCUUUCCCUUUAUCAAAUGCAAAUCAAUGUAUAACCUUAAUUUUGUGUUGACAUUCUAUCUCUGUUACAAUAAACCUACCAUUAAAAUGGACUGUUUAUGUCUGUGUAAGAGGCUACAAAAUAAGCUGGUGAGCAAAUAAUUAUUUUGCAAAAGCAGAUUUGUGGUUAUGUCAGAA